UGUCACCAUGGCAACAGUGCACCACUAGGUUUCCAUCAGCUCCUGAGCGUUUCUCAGGCGAUACUAGCGAGCUAACGAGUCGGGUAAUUGUCUAGUUAAUGUUGGUAACAUGUCAAUUAUUAGUGUUUUAUCUAAGUGAGAGUUAAAAGAAAGAAGAUGACGGAUAUAUUAUGCAGGUGGCUGAACGAGGACCUCCGGCUGUCACAAGUUGUUGAGCCACAGACCUUUGCCAAGACUUUCUCCAAUGGUUACUUAAUCGGGGAAGUUCUGCAUAAAUAUCAGCUGCAGAAGGAUUUCAGUGUGUUUAUGAAAAGAGACACUUCCAUCGCCAAAUUGAAUAAUUUUACCCGCCUUGAGCCUACUCUCCAGUUACUGGGGAUCUCCUUUAACACAAACACAGCCAAGGAACUGAUGGAGGAGAGGCAGGGUGUUGCCACACGCCUCAUUUACCAACUCUACGUCUCACUUGAAAGUAAGAAGAAAGCGCAAAUCAGCGGAACAGUGAUGGAAAUCAUGCAGCCUGCAGCCAAAGCUCGCCUGCACAAAAAGGAGCGUGAGAUCUUCCCUGAUCGACUACAUCAGGUGAAAUGUGAUGCAGAUCUGGCACUGCAGAAAAUUCCUCAGCAGUAUGAGGAGAAAAGCCAGCAAUGGUGUGACAAGUAUGAGGUAAUCCCUCCCAUCCAGCACAAGAGACAACUGAAGUUCCAGGAUGUCCAGAGCAUGAAGAAUAUUGAGAAGGUUCCUAAGCCACCUCCGUACCCUUCACAGCUUAACCGAGAGAGGAGUCAACGUCAGAAGCAACGCUUAGCACAAGAAGCUCAGAUGGUCCAAACUGAAAUAGCCCAGUUUGAGGCAAAGAGGAAGAAAUUAGUUACUUACGGCUUUGCUUCCUCAUCAAGUGGUCAGCCCUUCUCUGGAGAUUUUCCCCUUUCUGGCAGCAGUCAGGGCUGUGACAUGCCUAGAACUGGAAGUAAGCUGAUCUUACAAUCCAAUAGCAAAUAUAUACAGGAUAUCCGAAAUAGGCUGGAGGAGAAUGCUGUAGCUCGUGAGUGGAGAGGAAAAAGAGUUGACAGAUUCCUGGUGGAGCAGCGCAAGGCCCAUGAAGCUCAAGAGGAGGCAAAGCGAGAUGAGCUGUUGGUGAAGCGUGCGACACGCCAGACUAAGCAGGAGCAGCGUUUGGCAGCUCAGCUCCUUCAGAUACGUAAAACGAAGGAGGUGAUCCGGGAGAACCGCCUGUUCAGAGAGCAGCAGUACCAGGAGCGGAGAGAGAAGGACUUUCAGGAAGCUCUGGAGAGAGAGGCGGCUCUGGCUCAGCAGGCUAAGUUGGCAGCUGCUGAAGAGAUCAGAAUGGAGCUUGAAUUCUGUAACAGGAUUGCUGCUGAGCGAGCUCAGAGCAGACACAAGAAGCACUCUGCAAUCUGCAAGGACAUUGUGGAGCAGAUAGUGGACUUGGCCACCAAGGUUGGAGAAUAUCGACUGCUCUUUGAGAAUUUGAUUCCAGAGAAGCUGAUGAGGGAGUGGAAGGAUUUGCUGUUCAGGGGUCUGCCUCUCUAUGAGCCAGUAAAGGGUCAACAGCCAGGGUUUUGUUCUACACCACUUGACCCUGUAGAGCUUGAGAAACAGGAGAUACUCAAUAACCAGGACUAUGAUGAAUACACUAACAUGGUAGGCGAGUGGACAUGGCCAGAGGAAGCAGGGGAGACACAAUUACCCCCGACCAACAACAACAUUCUUGGACAUGUUGUCCAGCGAGUGCGGAACAUUGUUCAACCACCCCUCACAGAGCUCUGCUCACCUUCAUUUCCUCACUUUACUCUGAAGGCCUGCGUCAUGGGCAAGUUUUGCUCAGGCAAGACCUCCUGCCUGGCCAAGAUUGCUGAAGCCAGUGGCAUCUAUGUGCUAUCAGCCGACACACUGAUUGAGGAGGCCCUGAAUGCUCACGAGAAUGGAGAGGAGGCCACAGAGCAGCAGAGGGAUAAAGAUAAUGAGCAACUUAUCUCAUCUUCCACAGCACUGAAACCUGAACUUGACACUCAAGAGGAAAGUAGCAACAGUAACGUGAGACAGUCUAUCCGGGCCAUGCAUGGAGCAGCAGCAAAAAUAGAGCUGAAGAAAGGCAAUGCCAUCCCUUAUGAGCUGAUAGUGGACAUCAUAGUAGAGGCUAUCAAGCAGGUCCCAGCUCAGUCAGGUUGGAUCCUGGAUGGCUUUCCAGUGGACAUCACCCAGGCAUACCUGCUAGAGAAAGCUCUGGGUGGGUCUGUAGAUGUUGAGGAUGCUGUCGUUAGCAGCAGGACGAACCUCGUUGCUGGUUGUAAUCCGCCCAAACCUCCACCACCCCCAGUGCUAGACCUGGCUCUGCUGCUGGAUAUCCCUGAUGAGUGUGUGGUCAGACGUGCAUUCAGUCAGACGAACACUACUGCUGCUCGAACCUCUGAUCCGACCUCAUAUCUGGCACAGACUCCACACAGGAUCACAGCUUUUCAGGACACUUGGCCCAAAUUAGAGAAAUGGUUUGAUGGAGAGCAAAACAUUUUGGUCCGUGUUGAUGCGGAUGUAGAUGAGGAGGAGCUUUACAAGAGGGUGGAGUCUGUCUUGCAGCAAGUUAUGAUGCGAACACGGGAGGAUGUGGUGUUGGAGAGUGGGAAAGCUCCAGACUCCUCUUCAGCCACUUUUCCACCUGUAGACCAACCUUCAGACCUCACAGAUGAAGCCGCUGCCCCCACAGAUUCAUGUUCCAGCCUCAAUGAGGAAAAAGCCCAAAGCGUGAAGUCACUUUCCAAGUCCAACACAAACUCCCCCACAGGGCAUUCUCGGAAAGUGUCAGUUUCCUCAGGGACCAAUGAGGACUCUCAGGGAGUCCCCAAGAACCCUCCUGAGUCUGCCUCUCCCUGCCCAGUAUUAUCCAGCUGGGAAUAUGUGGACGAACCACUUCCCUCUGAGAUCCCAGAGAACCUGUGCUCCCAUUGGGACGCAAUGUGUGAAUCUUAUGUGAAUAACAUAAAGGCAGUGAUGCAGAAGCUGCGCUCACAGCAAACUGUUAUUACCCGUCGCCUAUACAAUAGCAGAGAGGACUACAAGCAUUACCUGAGUCGUCCAGACUUAAAGCAGGAGUUAGUGACUCAGUGGCAGAAGGACUUCAACAGCAUACCUGAUGACAUGAGAGAUGACGAGGAAACCAAAGCAGAGCUACACCUGAGAAUGGAUGAACUGUGUGAACGUUUGUGGGAGUUGAGUGACAAGCGUAAGGAAGAGGACGAGCAAGAGAAGGAUGCUCUCAUAGGUGAAGGCUGGUUGGAGGACCACACUGUUAUCCUUGUUAACUGCCACUCUAUACUCAUGCAGGUGGAGUUGGACCGUUUCUACACCACUCUCUGUAUUCUCAAAGUCUACUAUUUGAGCAUGCACAGUCAAGUGCUGCCUGAACUACCCUCCAACUUAGUUCCUAUCCACUUACUGGACACCCCAGAAAUUAAGGACCAAGGCGAGAGAUGUCCUGACUCUUCUGGGACGGAAGGCCCUCCUCAGACAGAACCUGUCAAGCCAGCCUUCGAGAAACUGAUCUCAGACUAUGAGGAGGCAGUCACAGCCAUCAACAAAUUGAUGUCAGCAGAAGCCCAGCAGGGGGAGACAAAAGAGCAGAAGAAACUGCAGGGGGAGGAGCAGGAGAAGGCCCCAGCAACUGCAAACCAGAAAGGAAAAAGGAAGCAGUCAUCAAAGAAAAAGAAAGGCCCACCAUCCCCAUCUCCAGCACCCAGCCCUGCACCAGCCGAUGAUAACGCUGAAAAGAGUCAUGAACAAGAGGUCAAAAACAAGAUACAGAAAGAAUAUCUAGCUGCACUGGCUCAUGAGGAGAAUGCAGCAAAGGUGCGCAUUGCACUGGUGAAAGGUCAUGGUCUAGUCAUGGUGCACUCGCUGCAAAGCAGGGCUGAACAGACCUUAAGCAACAUGCAAAAGUGCUUAGAAGCACAUUAUGUUGCAGAAAUGAAGAGUAUUGAGCAACUAGCUUUAGUGGCUCGUCAUCACAUAGAGGCUGGUGCUAAGUUGCAGAAUCAGCUGGUGUUGGAAGAUACUGACUUCUACCUGAAUGGGGACUGUCUCAUGUUUGCUAGCCCACCUCCCCCUCCACGUCCACCUGCUCUGGAGAGAGCUACAGGGUCUACCCUGACCAUCACUCAGCUACAGUCACUCCGUCAACAGCUGUGCAGUUUUGCUCCAUCAGGCCUCAUGUCCUGUUUUGAGUUCUCCAGCUUGCUCAGAGAUAUAACCUCUGUUACCCUGAGCAAAGACACCUUGCCUGUGCCCUGGAUGGACAUGAAUGAAAGACAGUUGAUGGAGAUUGAAUCUCUACUGACGGAGAACACUGAGCUGAUUGACUGCCGGCGGUUUCUGCUCAGUGCUGCCCUCCCUUGGCCAUUUCCCUCCUUGACACAGCUGCUGAUUGUGCUCCAACACUUCAAGGCAGCAGAUACUGGCAAGACAGGGUAUAUAAAUGAGGAACAGUACCUACAGACACAGUUGUGGUUUUCCAAUGAGAGUCCCCCCGUCCCUGAGGAUCCCUCUGAGCCACUACCUUAUGACCGUCUGGCAAAUCUACGCAAGUUCUUUUUCCAGUUGUUUGCAGACCAUUCUUUCUCACCCCCUCGAUUGGACUACAUGUCCAUGCUGCAGUACUUCGCUGCUGACCCCAGCCCCAGACAGGGCUUCAUCAGAGCACUGAGUGUAGUGCUGGGACAACAUCUCAAGCACUCCUCACCAGGCCACCUUGUCAAGUCCAUGCCCAGUAUAGAAGAGGCUUCAGAGCUCAGUACCUCAGAACUCGAUGGGGAGUACAAGGAAGAGGAGACUCUAUGUGCAUCGAGCAGUUCAUUAGGGGAGCAGGAAGUGUCCAUCCCUGCUCUCCUUACAACCAUCUGCCACAAAGUCACUAAGAUGAAAGACUACAAAGUCCUUCCUGAGGGCUGCCUGAGUCAGGACGAACACACUGAGCAUCUGGUCCAUGUAUUCAGAGAGCUGGGCUACAAGCCUGAGGACUGUGUCCCCUUCUCUGUUCUCUCUGAGCAUCCUUUGAUCCAGCGCCUGAUUGAGACCUCAACACAAUACCAACUUGUAAAUAUCCAUAGAGUGCUGUCCCAUCAGGAUGAAGGAGAGACUAACAGCUUGACAGUUUCCUAAAGGAUCAGACCUAUACAGUACAUACACACUGCUGUCUUCACCUCAAAUACCUCAUGUUGAACUGAAAUAUACCUUUCACGUCAGAUAUCCAAGAAAUAUCGCUUUGUUCAUUUUGAGGUAUUCUCAUUACUUUUACGUUUGAAAUGUUUUCUAAAAUCUAUCGCUUACUUCAGUAUUGAAUAAACAGAUUUGCUUCCAUAA